AUUAAUUUGUAUCUACCUGUUUAUAAUUGGGCUGAAUAGAAUAGAACAGAAUAGAAAGACUUUCUCUCUGUAUCUCGCUCUCUGCCAAGUGCCCAGUUAAUAAUUAGCAGAAGCAAAAUAGAAAAGAAAUGGAAGAUGAGGAGCAAGUCCCGAUGUUGGUAAAGAGGGAGAAGAAUGAUGAAAGUGGAGCUGAAGGGGGAAGCUUUGUGGGGGAAGUGAAGAAGAUGAGUGUGAUAGCGGUGCCGAUGGUGGUGGUGACUGUGUCUCAGUUCCUGCCUCAGGUUGUGUCGACCAUGAUGGCCGGACAUCUUGGUGAACUUUCCCUCUCCGGUGCUGCCAUUGCCACCUCUUUCGCCGAUGUCACUGGCUUUUGCCUUCUUCUCGGAAUGGCGGGUGCUUUGGAAACUUUAUGCGGACAGACAUAUGGAGCCGAAGAAUAUCACAAGUUGGGAGACUACACUUGGUGUGCAAUAAUCUCACUCACUUUGGUUUGUGUCCCAAUAUCUCUCCUAUGGACAUACAUGGACAGACUUCUCAUAUUGUUUGGCCAAGACCCUCUAAUCUCACAAGUUGCUGGACAAUAUUCUACUUGCCUCAUCCCUGCUUUGUUUGGCUACGCAGUUCUCCAAUCCCUGGUUCGCUUCUUCCAAUCUCAGAAAUUGAUUCUUCCAAUGCUCAUAACCUCAUGUUCAGUUCUGUGUUUGCACAUUCCUCUGUGUUGGAUUCUGGUGUUUAAGCUUGAGCUUGGAAUUUCGGGCGCAGCGUUUUCCAUUGGAGCCUCGUAUUGGCUCAAUGUAGUUUUCCUUGGACUUUACAUGAACUACUCUUCGGCUUGUGAGAAAACCCGAAUUAAGUUUUCCAAGGAGGCUUUCAGACACAUAAGAGAGUUUAUCAGCCUCGCUAUUCCAUCCGCGCUAAUGCUUUGCCUUGAAUACGCCUCAUUCGAGCUUCUAGUAUUCCUCUCUGGUUUCUUUCCAAAUGCAAAGCUCGAGGCUUCAGUUCUCUCUAUAUGCAUUACUACCACCACAUCCAUUUUUUACAUUCCAUAUGGGAUCGGUGCUGCUGCAAGCACCCAGGUCUCUAACAGAUUAGGAGCAGGGAAUGCUGAGGCAGUUAAACUUGCGAUCAGAGUGGCUCUGGUUCUUGGAGUUGCAGAAGCAGUUGUAGGGAGUACAAUUCUCUUUUGCAGUCGCAAUGUUUUAGGAUACGCUUAUAGCAAUGAGAAGGAAGUGGUGGACUAUGUUACGGAGAUGGUUCCUCUGCUUUCUUUCUCAAUUGGUGUGGACAGUUUGGUAGCAGUUCUUUCUGGGGUUGCCAGAGGAAGUGGGUGGCAGGAUAUAGGAGCUUAUGUAAAUCUUGGAGCAUAUUAUGUAGUGGGCAUACCAUUAGCUGCUUUGUUGGGUUUUGUCUUCAAGUUAAGAGGGAAAGGCUUGUGGAUUGGAAUAAUGACAGGAACCACUCUACAAGCAGUUUUCUUUUUGGUCAUAACAAUUUUCACAAAUUGGCAAAAGCAGGCAGAGAAGGCAAAGGAGAGAAUAUUCAGGGAAAAAGAAACUCUUAUCAACCAUUCAGUUGCUGAAUUUUAUCUUGACGAGCAAAAGGUUCUAAUUUGUUAGAAUAUGUGAGAAAUCCGGUUAUCCGUUAUUGUUUUGGUUAUGUCUCUUUGUUUAUUUGUUCGUCUUUUCAUUUUCCCACUUAAAAGUAGUCAAAACUUGUGUAUUCAGUAAGAGUGACUUUUGUUUUUAUCAUUAUCUACUUAAUUAACAAUUUUAGUUCUAAAAUAUAUACAACUUUAAAAAGACUUCAAAUAAAUAAUGUGUACAUUUUUAUAUCUUAAGAAAUAAAGGGAAAAUAAUUUGUGUACU